AUGGCAGCCUACGAACUGCAAUCACAGGAUGUGUCCGUGGCGCUGGAUUUCGUUCGCUUCACGCUUUGCGGCUCGACGGAGCUCUCGUUCACGCGCCGCAACGAAGACCUGCCAUCUGCGGGCGUUCCCAGCGGACCGUUCAUCCUACCCAUUUGUGUGCCGCAGAUUACUGUAGCGGAGUACAAGAAGGUGCUCAUCAAUGGUAUGGCUGUAGAUUUCCACCUUGCAAGGACGUUGGACCCUACGAGUAAUGCGAACCUGGUCAACGAAUCAUGCCUCAACGUGGACCUGAUGAGCCUCGACGGGAUGCAUGUGGCGGCGCAGCAAAUCUGUGUGUCGCUGCUAUACGUGGAGCUCGGAGAAAUGCCGAAGAAGCUUGAUGUUGUUAUAGAGUUUGAGUACAUGCGGCUGAGGAGCCACACCGACGAUGUGUACUUCCACAACUAUUGGCUGCUGCCGCGCUGCACGACGAGUUAUUACGAGUACACUGUACUCCGUUCGAACCCAAAGAGCGACCGGUGGUUCCCAACAGUGUUCUUCAGCGACACCAUAAGCAUGGCGAGCAACUGUGUCUAUCGCAUUGAAGUGGUUGCUCCCAGUCGCUACAGCGUGAUCUGCGGCUUGCCUUUGUGCGAAGAAACGACAGCUAGUGACGGAGGUGAUACGUCAGCUACCACUAGCACGUUCAAGUUUAAAUGGGAGGCAAGCACCAGUCUCGGCGUGUUCCCCCGGAAUAGCUUCGGAUUGUUCGCUGGAGAGUUCGAGUUCUGGGAUGGCAAUGAGCUGCACAAAGACGACGAUCUGUCGGAAGAUCGUCAUCACAAAUCGUUGGAUGACGAAGAUUGUAUGGACGCCUUCUUGCAGGCAGCGCGGCAUAAGCUAAGCAGCGAUGUGCCGAUUACAUACGUCACCUUGAAAGGCUACGGGUUUCUGUUGGAGCCAACCAACAUUGCGACAGCCCAGUGUCUGGAUACGUACCGCCGUGUGCUUAGCUUUGAAAUGCCGGGCAGCCUUUUUAUGCUGUUUCUUCCCGGGCAACCGUUCCCGUUCCCGGGCAAUAUUUCGGCCAACAUUCGGACCCAAAAUUUGAUCGAUAUAAAAAGAUGCACGGCGUACACUGGUUCUGAAAGCCACCUUCACACGAGUUUUAUCGAGCCACUCGCCAACUGCUACCACGGCAUGUACUACCCCAGUGGUGCCAACAUGCUCGUCUACUCACUCGAUGUGCUCCACAGCUACAGUGACAUUGACCACGACUUCAGGAGUGCCAACUGCAGGAUUGCCAUCGCGUAUGGUCUGGCGACAUUGUUCACGUUGAAACGUUGGGUGAACCCCUCACGAGACAUGCACCUCGACGUCAUGCUCCAGUCGUACCUGGUCGAUCAAUUCGUGAAGCGCAACAUGGGGCAUAACGAGUACAAGGUGCGUAUGUGGGCGAGGCGUGAAGUUCUUGCGACAAUAACGGAAAUUUAUGGCGACAACCACCCCCUGUGUCAAACCAAGGGUAUGUCGGCUUCGGUGCCAAUUCUGAUGAGCGAUCGAGCGUUCGUCCUCAAGUGUCACCUGAUUCCUAGUAUCCUCGAAUCGCUGUUCAUUGCUGCAGAUUUCCUACCGGACAAUUUCCUCAUUCAGUGGAUGCGGCGGCGUCUGGUUACCUUAAGCAUGGUCGGCGAACACAAUUUACGUGCCGAUGCCAAUUGUGCCCGGCGAGGUAACGACGGAGAUGUAAUUACCACCUGCAUCAACGGGCGUGCAUUUUGGGAUGCGCUGGGAGAUGAGAUGGUACGGAGGUACAUACAUGCGUGGAAUGCGAAGCCGCCAAACAGACUUGUGGUCGAAAAUCAGCUGGAUCCCAACUGCAAACUCGAAGACAUCCUAAGACGAGGUGUUGAUCACGAUCAUCUGAGUUCGAUCAUGAAGCAAUACAACAGCAUUGUUAGAUCAUAUCUACACGGCACGGGGUGUCCGCAGAUCAACGUGGGUUUUGCCCUUCAACUGCAGCGCAAGGGUACCUCCAUGGACCACCUAAAUUUUCGGAUCGACAUCAAGUCCCUGCAGCCACCGAUUGAUGUGCACAAAGAUGGACGGACUGCUUACGCUGUAGCUAUGGCUUCGCAGUUGGCAGCCCGCAAUCUUCUGACAACGUACAGCAAGCUGAUCCGUACCAUGCCGCUGGAAGACUACACGGAGAACAGCGAAGACCAACAUGGGCCAGCGCUUGAACGUGUGCUGCAGCUCUUCAACAUAUAUGAGAGGGGUGAAUGUCCAAACGGUCCACACGCGUUAGACUUCGCCGAUAUCGCAAAUUCUACUACCGUCGCAGAGACAUCCGAGGCCGGGAUCCUACGGAGAAACAUGAGACUGUUACAAAUGUGGCACGAUCCCGUAGACCUGGUUGGGCGAGACGGAAACUUCCUACUGGGAUUCGGCUACAUUGGCCCCUUCCCGUAUCCCUUCUGUCUCGGUAACGGUCCCAUCUACGACUGCUUAGAUGUCCUAAGAAAACACUGCGAUGUGAACAGCAUCGUCGACGGUUAUGUCGACAAUGGAGGCACGUAUUGCGGGUCGUACGUAUAUAAGAAUGGCUACGAGCUCCUCUUAGGGAACGGUAGCCUCCCUGUUGCAUCGAACGGCGGGAUGCCAUAUUGGCAAAUCAUCCAUCUACAGGCGCUGAUGAACGGAAAAACCGACCCUGUCCCGAUGUCCGGGGGUCUUUCUAAGCAAUGGGUUGCGCAAGUGAAGGUAGAUAUCGUAGAAGACGACGGAGUUAGAGAGAACGUCAAGUUGGUGGGGGACAUGGUUCCAACUAGUUACAAGGUAAACCCCAGAGCCGAACGAGGGCGCAAAAAGGUUGCCAUGAAGGGACCAGCCGAGAAGGACAUGGACGACAUCGUAGACGAUAGUACCCGCAAGAGUACGUAUAUCGGGCACUACAGCGAUAGCGAUCGUGCGGUUAUCGAGUGGAUGAAAAUGUUGUACCUUGGCAUGCAUCCGGAUCUUGCGCAACUGGACAACCGUUCAGUCGUCGCUAAAAUUUGCAGCAAGGGCCGCGUACCUGUGCUCUGGACGAGCGUGGACAGCUCAUUCAGGCUCAUUGGGAGGAUACGCAGGUGCCAGAGCAGCGGCAUGUGGGAGCAGCAGCUGCUCAGCGACAAUAAUAUAUACGGCCAAAUAGACGCCGCCGCGGCCAUGGGCUCGCUCGGAAGGAGUGUGAAUUACUCCACAAGUGAAAACCCUGUGGUCAAACAGGUCAUUUCGAAAAUCGAAAUGUUGAUUCGGCGUCAUCACACGCACCCGGUUGUGCGUGCGCGCUGUCUCUACAGCCUCGUCUGUCUCCACAACCGCGACCCUCGGGUGCAGGAGGCGGUUCAGCAGGUAUUUAGCAAUUACCUCAGCUCCUUCUCGAUGAACAACACCGGUGCCAACUACUGGCACCCCAGCGAAGCACGGUUCAUGCUUGAUUUCGUCAGGGCAUUAGCGCUAUUGCGCGACAAAUGGGGUUCAUCGCCCCAAAUGGCUGUGGACAUGCUAGCAAAGAUGUUGGAAGGUCUGAACGGCGUGAACUACCUCGUUCACGCGACGAACAUCGUAGAUUGCUGCUCGUACCUAGCCAUUCCGGCAUGCGCGCUAAGGCAUACGGCAGAGAGUGGGUCUCCAUGUCUAGAAAUCAAAAAACUGUGGCAAUUGCUGUGGCAUCUCUUCAGGCUUGAUGCUAUCCCGGGAAGUGGCAGCUGCAACAAGAUGCUAACGGCUGCAUUCCUCAGGUGCUUGAGCAGGCAGCCGAUAAUGCUGGAGCUGUGCUUCAACAAAUUCGCGCAGGAUAGGGGUAUGGGCUUCGCCUUUGACUUCAACAUCUUCAUCCCGAUCAAGCAGAACAUAUUACACUCUGAGCAGGCCGCCUUUGAGCUGGGACAAACGUACCAUUCGAUCCAUGUUCACAUCGCCGCCAUCGAAGCCCUUUUGAGGGUCCUCAUGAUGUCUGCUUAUACCAUAUCCGACGAAGAGGAUAUGGAGGAUAACAGCCCUUAUGGUUGUAUGAAGAUGGAAAAGGUGGAUUACGAGACUCAGGUAAAGCGAAUUGAACAUUUUGCUGGAAUCUAUGAGGCAGCUCGCUGCUGCAGGCGCUUAUGCGACCGGAUCACCGAAGCGGAUUUGAAGAUUCACACAUGGGAUGCCUUCGCUCGGGUGAUCGAAGAACUAACGCAGCUAUUUCCAGUGCUCUUCAUAGACUUGGAUGGUUUUUAUGCCAAGAAAACGCGAGACCUGCUAUACAACAUGUUGAGACCAUGUGCAAUAUCGUCACACAUCUUCCAAGUGCAGAUGUACGUCCUAAUAAGGCGUGCUAUAUCACUUCUAUUCGGUAGCGGAUUCACAUGGGAGGGUGACAUGAUGCCGAAUAACAAGUUUGUGUCACAACGCAUCGACCUGCAGACGAGCGGCCUCGGUCUACCUCGCAUCGCCGCAUUCAGACGUAUUCACUGCGAUGUGGCGAACCCUGGCACUUCCGAUUGGAUUCAGGUGGCUGUAGAAGCAAUUGAGGCGUUGAAGGAGUUGCCGCAGGCGAAAUGGUUCAUCAACGACCCUGAGCAGUCAUGCGUUGGCUAUCGGUCGCUCACCAAGGCGCUCGCCGGCUAUUAUAACUUGCCAAUGCAGUUCAAGGCGGACAUGACGCUUUUAAUCAGGAAUGCUAAAUCAGUCAACAAGGUUGACACCCUGCCAUUUGCAGACGCAGUAACCGUCGAGGAACAGUUCGACCUGCUCUGGCCGGCGAUCGUACGGACCUACCAGCGCACCGUCAAGGCAUCUACCGGCAACUGA